AUGGAGGCCGAGAGUGCCGAAAGCGACAGCAAAGAACUGCUCAACAAGCGUGCGUGCGACCAAUGUCGUCUACGAAAGGUCCGUUGUGAUAAGCGAUCACCAUGUUCAAAUUGCCGCAGUGCACAGGUCAUAUGCCGCUCUACCGGUGCAGGACAGAAACCGAAAGAGGACCGGCGAAGAGUCUUGAUUUCCAGUCAAUAUGAGAAAAAGAUCGAUCUUAUCGAGGAGCGCUUGAGCAACAUCGAAGAUGUUCUUUCUGAGCUCAAGUCGUACUUUACUUCCGGCACGACUAUUGCUGAGCCAUGCUACCACACGGCAUCCAGUCCUAAAGAACAUACUCCGGCUGGUUCUGGAUAUACCUCUAACACGACAGCCGCCUUGGAUCAGUACGAGUCUGGUACUGCGUUCGAGGGCAAUUCUUCCCUGGCGGCUCAUUCGGUCUACGCGAGUACGUUUCUCGAGACUGUAGUUUCGCGGAGCGCGCCUCAGAUUUCCACGCCGAAGGUCAAUGCAGCUCUCGCGGCGCUCAAACAGAUGGUGAACAUGCAAAGUCACCCACCAGGAUCCUCAUCUCGGGAGGUUCGGUUGCCAAAUCAGAAAGACAUACGAGACUCUAAUCUGCGAGAUUUGGUUAUGCCUCCGAUGCAAGUGGUUGUGGGGAUCCUACGCAGGAUUAAAGAACAUCCCCCCUUUGGAUUCCAAUGCUUCUUUCCUUUCCUCGAAGUGGAUGAGUUCAUUCAGAAAUGCCGCGAAGUGUAUUUUGCAACAGAAGAUUACUCCGAUGCUACCUUUAUAGUCGCCAAUGGUGGCUUGUACCAUGUCUUCAUCGAGUACAGUUUCCUCACCUCCAGUCCACAGAUUCGCGCCGAUUAUCAGAAGUACAUCGAGCUCUGUCGCAACAACCUCGAGACCGCCCUAGCAAACCUGAGUUUGCUGAUGCCUACUCGGCCAGAGUCUAUUGAAGCACUUACAUUGGGAGCUGUCCAUGCCAUCGAGAUUUCAAAGCCCUCGUUUGCCUGGACUUUGACUUCGACUGCAGCUAGGCUAUGUCAAACUCUUGGAUACCACCGCGGCUCAUUCAUGGACCAGAAUAGCAAUAAGAAAGGGAAGGAAAGAGAGCUCCGACUUUUCUGGACUGUCUACUGCCUCGAUAAAGGUCUGUCACUAAGGCUUGGGCGCGCUUCGACGAUACAGGACUAUGAUACUACUCUGCCUAACUCAUUCGGAGCGUAUGCGGCUGAAGAACCAUGGAGAAAGAUUUACCAAUUAUGGGUUAAAAUGGCGACCAUUCAAGGCAAGGUAUACGAGCAACUAUACAGCCCUGCGGGUUUGGGUCAAGCAGAACAUGAGAGAGUUUUUUGUGCCCGACAAUUGGCGUCAGAGAUGGAAAUUUCCGUCAUGGAACAAUUCAAGAAACUGAGUGUAGUUGCCCCAGUUAUGUCGGAAAUUGAAGAUUUCUGGAUUAGAUCGGACGAAGUCAGCCGCUUGGCGGUGUUGACUCUGAUAUACAGAGCAAUUCCUCCUCCAGAGAAUUCUCCGUCUACUUUCAUUCCUGAAUGCAUUGAAACCGCUCGGACUGCCUUGGAAAUUCACCAGACAUGUAUGAAUAUGUUGAGAGAGAGCAAUGAGGCCACAAAAUGCUCGUAUCUACACUGGGCCUUGUUAUAUGCGCCAUUCGUCCCUUUUAUUGUCCUCUUCUGCCAUGUCAUUGAGGUAUCCUCUCGCGCCGAUCUUGUGCGAUUGGAGGACUUUGUAUCCUCGUUGGGACCCAAUUGUUUUCUGUCCGAGGCAAUUGCAAAACUGCAUAGUCUGUGUCAGGUGCUCAGCAAUGUUGCCAGACUGUACGUCGAAGCGAAAGCACAGGCACAGAUUCCGGAAAACCAAGGUCUCGCGUCUGUGGGGCAAGAAUUCGAUACGUAUCUCAGCGCCCUGGGCCUGGCUCCUGCGUCGGGAGAAGGCGUUUCUCGCUGGAGUGCUGCUGUCACAGAGCCUCUGGCAGCGAGGACUAUGCCUGAAAUUGAGGCUGGGAUGGAGGGACAAUUUCCAGCUAAUAUGAUGUCACAGACACAGCUCGGGAGCUGGUUCUCAGGUAACCAGCAUAUGAUGGGCUUGCUGGAAGAGGAUAUGUCUCUAUGGGACCCGGCUACGUGGCCCUACUCAUGA